AUGUCGGACAAGAUGGCGGCGGCCGCGGCCUGUCCGCAGCCACAGCCCGGCCCCGGUCCGGGCCCGCCGGCGGCCGAGGCGGAGCGCGGGGCCCCGCGCGGCGGCGCGGCGGACGGGGAGGCUGAAGCGGAGGAGUUCGGGUGCCCGGCGCACUGCUCCGACCUGGCCUGGCGGCAGAACGAGCAGCGCCGCCAUGGCCUGUACUGCGACAUCACGCUGGCUUUCGGCGGCGCGGGCAUGGCCCGCGAGUACCGGGCGCACCGGUCCGUCCUGGCCGCUGCCACCGAAUACUUCACGCCGCUGCUCUCGGGGGGGUUCGCAGAGUCGCGCUCGGGCCGCGUGGAGCUGCAGAAGUGGAGCUCGGAGGGCGGCCCGGACCCCGACACGGUGGAGGCCGUUAUCGGUUUCAUGUACACCGGCACCAUCCGCGUGAGCCCCGGCAACGUCCAUGAGGUGCUGGAGAUGGCGGACAGGUUUCUGCUGACACGGUUGAAGGACUUCUGUGGAGAGUUUCUGAAGAAGAAACUGAACCUCUCCAACUGUGUAGCCAUUCACAGCUUGGCCCACAUGUAUUCCCUGAAUCAGCUGGCCCUCAAAGCGCAGGAUAUGAUCAGGAGAAACUUCCACAAAGUCAUCCAAGAUGAGGAGUUCUACACUUUGCCGUUUCACCUUGUCCGGGACUGGCUCUCAGACUCAGAGAUCACGGUGGACUCUGAAGAAAUCCUCUUUGAGACUGUUUUGAAGUGGGUUCAGAAAAAUCCUGAAGAAAGAGAGAGGUACUUUGAAGAGCUCUUUAAGCUGCUAAGGUUGUCUCAGAUGAAACCCACGUACCUGACUCGCCACGUCAAAUCCGAGCGGCUGGUGUUGUGCAAUGAGGCCUGUGUGAAGUUAGUGUCCGAGGCCGUGGAGAGCCAUGCCCUGCGCUCUGAGAACCUGCAGUCUGGGAACCUGCAGCAUUCCACCUGUCCCGCUGCGCUGCUGCCGCGCUUUGGCCAGAACAUGGACGUCAUCAUGGUCAUCGGCGGCGUGUCCGAGGGCGGUGACUAUCUGAGUGAGUGCGUGGGCUACUUCAUCGAUGAGGACAGGUGGGUCAACCUUCCUCACAUCCACAACCACCUGGACGGGCACGCUGUGGCCGUGACAGAGUCCUACGUGUAUGUGGCUGGCUCCAUGGAACCAGGGUUUGCCAAAACUGUGGAAAGGUACAAUCCAAACAGAAAUAUUUGGGAGCAAGUUUCAAACCUAAUCACCAGGAAGCAUUCCUUUGGCCUUACUGAAGUGAAAGGCAACUUGUACAGCAUUGGUGGACACGGCAAUUUCAGUCCAGGCUUUAAAGAUGUGGCCAUUUAUAAUCCUGAGCAGGACAAAUGGCUGAACCUGGAGUCGGCGCCAAAGAUCCUGCGGGAUGUCAAAGCUGUCUCUGUGGAGGACCGGUUUGUGUACGUGGCCGCCCGCACUCCAGUGGACAGCGACAGCGAGGACGGACUGAGGGCUGUUAUUAUCAGAUAUGAUGCUGAAACCAGGCAGUGGCAGGACGUGGAGUCCCUGCCCCUUAUCGACAACUACUGCUCUUUCCAAAUGUCUGUUGCCAACACCAACUUCUACCACACCGCAUCGUGCUGCCCCAAGAGUUACCUCAUAGACAAUGAGGAGGCCAAGGGAAAGAUUUCCAGCAGGGCCUCGGAUGAAAUCCUGGAAUCCUUACCCCCCGAGGUCCUGAGCAUUGAAGGAGCAGCUAUUUGUUACUACAAAGAUGACGUGUUUAUCAUCGGGGGUUGGAAGAACAGCGAUGACAUUGACAAGCAGUACAGGAAGGAGGCCUAUCGCUACUGCGCUGAGCGGAAGCGAUGGAUGCUCCUGCCCCCAAUGCCACAGCCCCGCUGCAGAGCCACUGCUUGCCAUGUGAGAAUCCCCUUCAGGUGCCUGCAGGGAACACAGAGAUACCCCAUGCCACAGAAUCUCAUGUGGCAAAAAGAUAGAAUAAGACAGAUGCAGGAAAGGCAGAUGCAGGAAAGGCAGAUGCAGGAGAUGCACCGAUACUCCCUGAGCUUACGGAGGAUCCCACGCUCCCAGAUCGAGUGCUAGUGUCUGCAAUAUCACACCUGAUGAGCCUAGGAAAUAAACCUGUUUGUUAGGCUUGAUGUGUCUUUGUAAGACAUGAGGGUGUGGAUUGGAUUUGAUGCAUAAGACUGGCAUUUGUUGUGUACUGGAAAUUCAGAAGCUCAGAAGUUGAGGGUGAGUAGGGAUUGAGACACUCCAUGAAUCCAGCAGUAUUCCUUAAUGAUGCCCAGGGAAAAGCUGUAGCCUGUAUCGGGCUGUGAAAUGUCUCCGGGAGCGUUAAGCCUGUUACUUCUCUCCUCAGAUCUUCGGUUCCAAGGGUUUCUGUAGAGUCAGUCUCUAACAGUUCUACUUGGAAAAUCAAAGACCUCUCUCUUAAUAAUUUAGUGGUUACAUUUGUGUGUGCUUGAAAGCACCUGUUUCAUUUGCACUUAUCUCUUGACAUUCCUUUGAUUCUCUCCUCAGUGACUAAAUUUCACAGGAUUGGUGUUGGUGUACUUGGCUUUCCCAAGCUGGAGGCGAGUGCAAUAGUUCUGUAUGAAACAAAAGCACAAUCUUUCUUUAUGAAAUUACUUCAGGAUGUUUCUAUGUGUAUUAAAUAUUUUGUAUUUGUGUGUUAUAGAGAGGCUGCAGAGUUUGUUUAUAAAUGGAAGAUUGGUUGGACACAAGACACUUGCUAAAGAGAGCUUGAGACAGUGGAUUUUUUUUCAGGUGUAUUUGCAGGUUUGAGUCUGUCUCAAACCUAAGAACUUGGGUCAGCAUCCUGAGUGAAGGAGUGACAACCAGCAAUGAGCCACCCACCCACACUGGUUAUUCAGUUCUGUCAGAGUGGAUCAGUGAGGGUGGGAUUAUUUCACAGGAAUAUAGUGAAACCUGAGCUACUUAUAGGUCUUUUCUCAAAUGCUGCACAUGUUUUAAUUCUAGUGAAAAGUGAUGGAAGAACCCCCCCUGUUCCCAGCCUGUCUCUGACAAUCAGAAGCCUUUGCCCUCCUGCUGCCCCAAGGGACUCCCAGCAUCUGUGUACCAAGUACACUGUGUACUGUGCUGCAGCUCUGUACCAAGCUGGCAUGGGUGCUCCUGCAGCGGGGAGAGCUGGGCUUUCAGAGUCUCCAAAUAUCUGAAUUUCCCCACUGUGCUGUAGGGGUGAGAUUUAAACUCAUUUAAACAUCUUGUGGUAAUCUGAGGUGGCUGUAGAUGCAAGUCCCCUGGUUGGCUCUGGGUUGCUUCCUGUUGCACUCCCAGGGAGCAGAAGGUGGGAUAGUCCCUUUGGAGUAUCCCUGCCUCUCAGUUACCUUCCCACUGAGCACUCCUUCCCAGUCCAAGAAGCUUCAGGACCCCUUCAUUUACCAACAGUUUCUGUGCAUACUUCCUACCUCGUUUUCUCGCCAUCCUUCCCUUCUUUUGAAUGUUCCAGGUUUUUCCAUGCAGUCUAACUCAGGACCUUAGGGAAGGGAAUGGGAGGAGUAACCUGGGUAUUAAAAAAUUUGUGUAGACAAACCUUUCUGGAAAAUCUGUUAGUGUUCUUGAUCCAUUGAUGAUUUGCUGGUCAUUUUAAUGUGGGUGACUUCUUUGCAAAGAACUUUUAACUAGUUUGGGGUUUGUUUUGGUCUUAAUUGUUUUGCUUCCUGAGCUGCUCAUUCUCCUUUUCCAGUUCAACAGGCAGCCCAGAUCAUAUCUGAAACUUGGGGUAAGUCUUUUCACCACUCAGUGUGUAAAGGUUUCUCUCAUGUGUACGUCCCUUAAUGCUCCACUUUAUGGUUCAUGGGCCACUUUGAUAUCAACAGAUUGUCUGUUUGUGAGAGAGUCUCCAGCCUUAGUUAAAAAAAACUACCAAACUUGAAAUUCUGAACAGUUUGUCUUGGUUUACUCCUCUAUUGUAACCAUGUUGUAUUUUCUUUGCCUGUUUGGUUCUUGGUGCAGGUGAAGUCUAUGCUACUGGCUUCAUGCAAGAGGAAAUAGGUGAGUUUAAGGUGAUAUUUGCAGGUGACUGUUCCCAGACAGCUGCUGUAGGCUUGUAAGCUGGGGAUUGUUCCAUGGAGUCUGACUCACGGAGUCUUGCAGGUCUGGCUGGAGUAGGUGCAGAAUUGCUGCUCCUGCAAGCAGUUUGUGAUAAAAUGUGCAAACUGAAUCCGUCGGUGUAACAGGAUUUGUGGGAGCUGACUUUUUAAGAUACUUUCCCAGACUUUGCACCAUAGUAACGGAGAGGAGUUCAUGUCCUUCACCCUGCUGAGCCAGCUGGAGGGAUUUAACAAGCAGUUGGGGAGUAGUAGGUCACCACCACAGCUCUCUCCAAGCUGUCUUGUAGUCUGUCAUCAAAUACAGAGAAUUUGUAGGGAGAAACACCAAGAUGAUUCUUUCAGUUGGAAUAGGAGCUGAAUAUUUAAUGCGUGGCACUGUGCAACAAAGAGGUGAGAACAAGCCUUGCAGUCUUGCUUUUUCUAAGCAAAAUUAAUAUUGCACUUCCCAGGAGGACUUUGUGCUGACGGACAAGCCGUGGCGUUUACUAAAAGCACUCCAGUCAGAGGCAGUGUGAGCCCAGCCCCAUCCCUGGCCAGCUCCGUCCACCUUAGGCUGGGGUACAAGCCAUCUCCUGUUUGAGAGUCCUGGGUGGAAUUUGCUAAAACAGGUGCUCUUGAGGAUCUAACCCUGUUACUAAUAUGAAUGUAGAGUGUGGAACUAAUGAGCUGUUUGAUGACCAUUAGUAGUCAGAUUCUCCUCGUUGGGUCCAUGUCACUGUGGGUUGCAGCAGCUCUGCUCUCCUGGUGUAUUAACAGAGGGACAGCAGUUUCCUGGGGAACAGCACUCCUGUCCUUACCUGUGAGGUAAAGUGGUGUGUGUCAUAGGCCCUUUGAAACAGAUCCUGCUGUCCUGUUCUUGACCUUAAAAACACUGUACUAAAGUUUAUUGUAAGAGGUGAAUUAAUGAAAAUAAACCUUUUAUUUCUCUAGCA